GCCAACAACACCACCGGCAUCACGCGCGCUGCUGAUGGAUCGUCUCCGCUGUGGGCGAACGCGUAGUGCUGGCUGACGUCCGACAGCCCGACAUGUGCGCAAUGCAAUGCCUCACCGGGGACCGCUGCCCAGCCGCCACUGCAUUGGUCGCCGACUCUCUCUGCAGCCUCGAUAGCACCCAUGCUAUCAACAGGAACAGGAAAUUACAUGUCGGGAGACAUGGGCUUCUUGGAUUAUGCCUCUCCACGUCGACCUGCCUGGCAAUAAUGGCAUGCGGUUCCCAAGCAUGGACUCCAGCGACGAUGGGUGACCCCGCAUUCAAGGCCAUGUCAGACCGACCGGGUCUAGCGUGCCAAGCCUGCAGACAAUUCGCCCUAGCUCAACCUCACACACAGCUCUCUUUCUUUCUCACGUCCGCCUCCGUCCUCCAACACCAACAACCAUAUACCCGGUGUCAUCCAGCCUCGUGACCGCCGCUUUCGAUACGCGGCUGAGGCUGCGUCAAGCUUUGACGCGGCGUCUCACUGUAAGUUGCCCUCCGCCACUGCUGCUGCUGCCCGGCCCGCCCGUGACGCGAAAUGAUGAACACCUUUAUUGGAGCUGUCCUAUUGUCCAUGAGGACUCUUUAUUAA